UAACUAACCUUAGACAAUUAUCUUAUCGAGUAAAAUAAGAUAAAACAAGAAACAAGGUUAAACUAUACUAUUACAAUAAAAGUACAUUCAUCGAACAUGUAGAUUGCAUUCUGCGUAUUUUACAAAUCUCGUAAAUUUUCACUCCUAAUUAAACACAAUUUCUAAUUAAUUUCUAAAAUCUAGAAACGAUCUCUCGUUUUACUACGAACCACGAACUUCCGAAUUUUCAAUCGGAAGCUAUCUGUCCAUUUUGCAUCCAAGUCAAUUUUAAUCGAUUCAUUCAAGCUCAAGUCACAUGCCUCUGAUUUAAUUGUCAUCAUCCGCGUCGCGAACCUUUCGAACGACUCCUCGCGCUGGAAUUAUAAGUUAUUCCUCUCCUCCCGCGCCCCCUCAUGACGCCAUGGACGGAAAAGGGGGAGAAGGAGAAGAAAAAAAAAAAGAAUCCCUUCCCGUAAUUUCGAACGAACUACGAACUUGCUGCGUGAAAGCGAGAGUAAAUAAACAUACGUGAAGGCAGUCAUCAGUCGCAGUUCCGACGCUGAUUGGCGCGCGGUGUUUCGCUUCGUACACCCGCACCGGCAUUCGCGUUCGUCGCGAGAGCGAUUUUGACAAUGCGCAUGUAGCAUACGUGAUUGCCGAGGUGUGCCCGCGCAAGGUCAUGGGCAAGAUAACGCGGAAGUCCACCGAUCGGAAGGAGACGCCGAAGCCGCGACGGAAGCGACGGAAGAGGGACGUCAACCGGAUACACUCUAAGAUCCUGCAGGCUAAGCGGAAGUUGGAUGAUGUUGGGAAGAACGACAAUAAAGCUAAGCAUAAGAAACAAAGCCGGAAAAUUUGUGAGAGGCUUCUGCCAGAACCUGCUGUCGGUAUAUAUAGGAAUGGUGCAAAAGGUAGAAAUGUUCAGAAAGCAAAGACAUCAGAAAAUAUAUUCCAUGAAGCCCGGUUGAAGGCAGAUGCAUUGAAACUCUUUAAUGGUGACAGUCCUGAAUCUAAGAAUAUUGUUGAUGUUUCAAUACAUGAUAAAACUACUAAACAAUUAUUAAAUAAGGAUUAUGAGAAGGAUAUUUUGGAAUUGACACCAUGUAUUCUAGAGCAAAGCCCUAUAAUAGGAAAAAGAAGAAUACUUGAUACAAUUGAUCUAACAAAAGAAAAUGAAUUGAAUGAAGAAGAAACAAAACAGACAUGUUCAAAGAAUAGUAAAAAUUUCCAUGUUCCAUUAAAUCGCUACAUGGAGUUCUGCAGAAUAAUUUCUGCCGAAAAUUUUGAAGUAGACAUCUUACAAGAUUAUCAUUCAGAUCCUGUUGAAACAACAAUUAAAAGAUUAAGAAAUGCCUAUGCUAAUUCUUUUCGUCAACAACUUUUACGUGAGAAAGAUAAACAAGGAUUGGAAAAUGUAGAACCUGCAGACUCUAGAAAAUAUCAAGCUUGUGUAUCUUCAAAUCUUUCGCAGUUCUCUCCUGUCGAAUUUGAAGUUCCUAAGUGUGAAAAUUCAAUCACAACUCGUCUUCAACAAGGCUUAUUUCGGAAGAAUGAUAAAUUUCAUCUAAUACAUAAUACCGAAUUUAAACAAAGUGAUGACAUAACGCAUUAUAAUUUUACACCUAGUUCAUCGCAAAAUACUUCAACAUACAAUAUAAAUGAUAACGUUAUAAAAAAUUCCGAAGAUAAUGAUAUUCGAUGUGCAAAACGAUCAACAAAUAUCGAUCGAGUCACGAAACCAAUGAAUUUUUAUUUCAUGAAUGAAAAUACCAUUCAGUUUGAUUCUCAUAAAACUUCUAAUUAUAGUAAUCAUCCAAAAAAUAAGCAUCAUGACAAAGAUAAUUUUUCUAUUGACAUUCCUAUUUAUAAAAAUUUACGAUAUAAUAAUAACACGAAACGCUUAGGAACCUCGUUUAUAAAUGAUCCUAUAUUAUUAGACAGACAUUUUUUAAAACAUAGUCUCCGUGAAAAAUUAUCAGUUGCAAAAUUAUCUGUUUCCGACAAUUGUGCAACAAAUGAUAUAUCUCCAAACUAUAAUAACAAAACAAGUAAGUGUAAUAUGAAGAAUGUUAAACGAGUACCUACCAUCUUACGUCGAUAUAACAAUGCUGCUAUUAAUAAGCCUAAUAAUUCUGUGGUAAACAAUGAUUAUAUAGAAGAUUUAUAUAAUAAACGUGAAUUUAACCUUUUUGAAAUUUCAAAUAAUAAUACUGAAAAGAAAUUAUAUAAAACUGAAUUUCCAAAUGUAUUGAAAAAUAUUCCGUCAUCCGAUACAAGAAACAUGUUGUUUGAGCAAACGAAAAUAUUGGAGCCUCAGAUUGGAUCGAUGAAAAUAGAGGAUUCACAAGAACCUGAAAUCAAACAACGUGAUAUAAAUAUAUGUUCCACGAAACAUAAUGGAAAGAAAGAAUUUUGUCGACAUGAUGAUUCUAUGUACUCGCAAACUUUUAAAACUUCUUAUAAUACAAGUGCAUACACUGAAAAAUUACCUCAAAAACAAAUAUUACAUGACACCAGAAAACCUUUCUAUUUGAAUAAUAGUCCGAUUCACUAUUUACAAAAUUUUUCUAAUUCUAAUGUAGAAUCGGCAAAAAAGUUUCCUCAACAAAGUAACUCACAUAUUUGUGAAAUCAACAAGCAAAAAUUUUGUGGAAAAAGUACAUGCGAUCAGAACCACAAUAUUCUUUUUAAGGAUGGUAAUGAUAAGAUAAUAUCGACGUCAAAAUUUCCUCAUAAUAUUCAAAAUGAAAGAAGAUCUAGAGAAUUAUUCCGAGAAACGUUUGAUAAUACAGAUAUAGAAUGUACCAAGCAUCUAAUUAGUCAGAAUGCGUGUCGUUGCAACGAACAACUUAUUUAUUCUACCAAUUAUCCACAUAAAGAGCAAAUGCAUUAUCUCCAUAAAAAAGCUGCAGAAUCUAAAGACUUACGUGACACGAGAGGCUAUAAUAAUAGUACAGAUAAUUGCGUUAAUUCAUCCAACACAAUGCAAAACUUACCACCAUCACUGAAACAGAAGAAUGAUGUAUACAUGUAUUCGAAAGCGAUCGACAAUCAACAUCAUGCAGUGUUAUUGCAAAAUGUCACUCAACCUAUAAAAUACUUUGCUGCGAAAAGCGGUACAGAUAUCCAAAGAAUACCCGUGUAUAUAAAUGACAAAAAUAUUAGGAUUGCGGAAAGUGUCCCGUUAGGAGUUGUAGCGGUAAUGAAUCCAAAUACUCAAGCAAAAGCAUUUUCACAAGAUAUUGCGACGCAAGUAAUACCGUUGCAAACAGAUGGUCUGCACUUUAACGAUUUUGCAAUACGUAAGCUGAGCGAUCAACCUUUCGUAAAGCAUUUAGAUUCUAUGAAUACGAUGCUAAUUAACCCAAAUUCGCAAUCUAAUACUUGGUAUGUCUCAAAUUUGUAAUAGAUAACGAUCAUAGAUACACUAUAAUAUAUACAUAAGUUGAUGGUAUAAAGCGCGCGGCACAAUACAUUGACCAUAUUUCUUGCAAAAAAUAUAGUUGUGAUACGCGCGCUUUUCCAUACAUAAAAAGAUUUAUUAUUAAGAUAAAAGUUGUAAGUCUGCCCAGAGAGGCAAGUUAUGUCUAUUUACUUUAUAAUUUAUAUAUUUUGUGGAAAGAUAGGAAAACCUGGAAAUGGGUGUUAUACUUUCACAAAUGUUUUGUAAUAGUUGUCAUCGCACAUAUGCAUAUACACGCGCAUACACACACUCAUACAUACACGCAUAUACACAUAUACGUACUUUUCUUUUCUUUCUACAUAUAUGUGAAAGACAAGGACAUACUUGUAGUAUCCUUUUCUUAAUGAAUAAUGAAUAUUUGUUUUGGUAUGGAAAAUGAAAGUACAAAACUGCCUGUGAUAGUUGGAACAUAUAUGUAUUAUUAUGUUACCGUUAAGUCAUAAUUCUUGGACAUCAAAUGUUUAACAUAGGAGAAAUUCAUUUUCGUCAAUCUCACAGCAAUAUCGAUACAUAUAUUAGUGAAUUUCUGAAUAAGUGUGAUAAAGGCUUGUAAAUAAAUGUCGCAGAACGCAAAGUGUAUACGGCAGCAAGAUGACUUGCUAAUAAAUUCCUAAUAUUUUC